UCUUCAGUUGCUUGUUUUUUCUUCUUCUUUAGCUAUUUCAUUCACUGUAUAUGUUCUUCUUUGUAGUUUCAUUAAACCCAUUGUUCAUAAUACAAUUUAGUCAUUAUGUUAUCUUCAACUUCAAAUCCUCCAGUAAAUGAUAUUCAUCAGAAGAGUUUUCUCCAAUUAUCGUCAUUUAUCUUUGCCUCUAAAAUCAGAAAAUUUUGUGAGAAAUUGUUAUUGUGGUCCAGAAAUAAAAACAAAAACCCAGUUUGAGAAUUUUGUAAGGGAUCAAUGCAACUCUGGGAGGGUUAAAAAUCUUGAUGUUGCAACGGCUUACUUUGAUACAAUGAUUUCCAUGAACCCGUUACCAUCUACUGAUACUUUUAAUCAUCUAUUAACUUCAAUAUCCAAGCUUACAUGUUAUUCUGCUGUUUUCCCGUGGUAUAAAAAGAUGAAUACUGCCGGUAUCCGACCUGAUGUUUAUACAUCGAGUAUUCUGAUACAUUGUAGUUGUCAAUUGAAUCAAGUUGAUUGUGGAUUCUGUUUGUUUGGUGAAGUUUUGAAGAGGGGUUAUAAUCCUAAUGUAGUGACUUACACUACUUUGAUAAAGGGUCUUUUUAUGCAAGAACGCAUAGGUCCUGCACUAAAACUGUUUGACAAAAUGAUUGAGCAAGGUAUUCAACCGAAUGCUGUUACAUUUAAUACCCUUAUAUGUGGGCUUUGUAGGAAUGGGGAAGUAAGUCUUGCUCUAGAGUUGCAAGGGAUGAUGGUGAACUGGAAUUGCAGUCCUAAUGUGAUCACUUACAGUACUCUUAUUCAGGGCCUGUGUAUGCAGGAGAUGGUAGGUCCUGCCGUUGAACUGUUUGAGAAAAUGACUGAGCAAGGUAUUCAACCUAAUGCUGUUACAUGUGGGUCUAUUAUAUGUGGGCUUUGUAGAAACGGGGAAGUCGAUCUUGCUCUAGAGUUGCAGAGGAUGAUGAGGAAAUGGAACCGUAGUCCUAAUGUGGUCACUUAUACUUCUGUGAUUCAUGGAUUUUGCAAUACUGGCAAGUUAAAUCAAGCAAUGGAACUCUUUGUUGAGAUGUAUAGUAGAGGAAUCUCACCAAACACAGUAACACUCACUGUAUUAUUAGAUUCUUUAUGUAAAGAUGGGAGAAUGAAGGAUGCUUGCCAUGUCUUUGAAUGGAUGACCAAGUUAGGAAAGGAGCCUGAUGUGGUAACAUAUAACUCGAUGAUCAAUGGUUUCUGCAAGAAUUACAGAUUGGAUGAAGCCAUUCAACUCUUCUACAAAAUGGAACAAAAUGGUAUUAAAGCCAACCAAGUUACAUAUAGUACCCUAAUUGCUGGACUAUGCCGAGUUGGAAAAGUUAGCACUGCAGGACGCUUAUUUGAUGAGAUAAAAUCUAGUGGACAGCCAUUGGGGCUAAUUGCAUAUGGUGCACUGUUGGAUGGGCUCUUCAAGAACCAUGAAUUUGGCAAAGCAAUCGAACUUUUUGAUUCCCUGGAGGAUAAUGGCUGUGAAGCUGAUAUUUGUAUGUACACUAUACUCAUUGAUGGGUUGUGCAAAUCUGGGAAACUGGAAUAUGCAAGAAAACUAUUUUGUGAACUUCAUAAUAAAGGAUUAGUGCCGAACGUGAAGACAUAUACAGUAAUGAUCAAUGGCCUAUGCAGGAAAGGGAUGUCAUUUGAGGCUGAGAAACUUAUUGCUGAAAUGGAAAGCAAUGGUUGCUUACCUAAUGCAAUCACGUAUAACACCAUCAUAUUAGGUUUUAUUCACGAACAAGAGGUCGAUAAGGCAAUUCAAUUUCUUCACGAAAUGCGUGAAAGAGAGCAUGUUCCUGACACUGCUGUAACUUCGUUGUUAAAGAACACUCUUCGGUGGAUCAACUAGAGAACCAUAGUUUUUUCGUCAAAUCAGUUGAUGAUUGAGUUUUCUUAGUUCCAUUUUAGCAGAGUACUAGCUGCUCGGUGUUAUACAAGCUCCCAACGUUACUGGAUUGGUUAUGCCAUUGAACUUGUGGUAUACACGGUGCCUCAGGUCAAGGUGCACAUUAUGAUGGAAACCUGGAGUCAUUAGGAAGAAGGCUCAAUUUUGCAGUCAUCAGUACACAAGGGAAGAAAAUGGAAAUUGAUCAUCUAGUGCAUACAAUAUUGCAGAACCAGAUGGAAUCCUUUAGUCUUCAGGUAUCAACAAAAGAAAAAUACUGAAGCUUGGGAUUCCAGGUAAGGUUGUUUUCUAUCAGCUGAUGUUUCUCAGUAAAGUAAAACAAGUAAUGAGGAACCUUACAAUGGGCAAAUCAGAAUUGACUAUGCCACCAAGUUUUUGUGGGGUAUAUGUUUUAUAUAGGAAUUUGGUUAGUAUCAUGUCUAGGGCAUCGAGAUACAAAAUGGUGUAGAUACCAUGCUACUAGACAUAAGUGGGCAUACUUUUUUCUGGAUUUCAAUAGAUGGCCAUGCAAGUGGGUGGCUGUACGAGAACCCAUAAGUGGGCAUUCCUAUAGGCCUUUUUUUUUGUUUUUGCUUUUUAUUUCAGGUUUCUGUUAGACAAGAGAAUGGUGUCCUCAAAGUCGAUGUUUACCUCUUUUUCUUUUUCUUUGGAGUCAGAGCAUAUGGAUGUUUUCCUUCUUCUAGCAAUCUCAAGUUUCUACAUCAGAACACCUGAUUAUAUAUAUAUGCUUAAACACCAAUGAUUUCAC